AUAGAGUCAAGGAGGAGGAAGCCGGGGGGAAGAGGAGCCGGCAGCGCCUGGACCGGUCCUGGCAGUCCUUACGGCUUCCGGUCCCCAUGGAUGCUGCCUCCUCCUGUGGGGGGGAAUGGUCGUGCUGCCGAUGCACCUUCUUGAAUCCUCACGGGCAGCGCCACUGCUCGAUCUGUGAAGCUCCACGAAACCAGCCGGAUCUCAACCACAUCCUUCGACUAAGUUCUGCAGAGCAGCGCUGGUCGUGCAGCCGCUGCACCUUUUCCAAUUUCACCUCUCCUAACCCUUCGCCUCCCUCCACUGGCUGCCAGGUCUGUGGCUUUUUGCCACCUGUUCCGGUUCCUAAUGGUGUUCCUCGAGCGCUGCGAGAGGAGCCGAUAUCCCCUACUAGAGACGCUGAACCCACAGACGCUCCUGCCUCUCUUGUCCCUUCCGUAAUAUCUGGGGGGUGGAGUUGUCCUCGCUGUACCCUCCAUAACACACCUGUGUCCAGCUCUUGUUCAGCGUGUGGGGGACCACGUAAAUUGUCCCUGCCCAAAAUCCCACCGGAGGCUUUGGUGGUUCCGGAAGUCCUACCACCACCUGCUGCCUUCCAGGGCUCCGAGGAACAAGCCACCCCACCACUCCGUGAACCUGAUUCCCCCCGACCUCUGCCAGCGCUGCCGCUUUCUCCUGGGCCCCAUAACGUCCCUGUUCCUAGAAGCAGGAGGGAGGUGGCCCCUGACAAUCCACUUUCCCCGACCCCUACUGCGCCAAGCCGUCUUCCUAAGCGACUGAGUGUCCUUGAGGAGGAGCUGACCCCUUCUGAACCUUCUCCGGCGUCUGUAGAGCCACAAAGUCCGGACUCCAGUUGGCCAUGUGGGAAAUGCACCCUGAGGAACCUAGGCGGUGCAAGCCGAUGUCGGGUCUGCGGGGCAGUGCGUGGCAGCGAGAGUGAACCCGGGCAAAACGGAGGACAGGGUCUGCCAACACCUUCCAGCACAUCGGCCCUCCCGACACCGGCUCCGCGCAGGACGGAAUGGGCAUGUCCAGCCUGCACCCUGCUAAAUGCCAGCGGGUCAACCCACUGCGCAGCCUGCCACACACCUCAGCUCUACGUGGCUCAGCACCGCAUGCGUGGCGGCCGAAUGCUGCGGCGCAGGGAGAGCGUCAGAGUGGAGCAGCGAAGACAGACUGAUGAAGUAGAGGCCAAGGAGCUGUGGGAAAGCAUCGUGAGCUUCUGUCAGGAGAACAGGAUGAAUUUUGUGGAUGACAGCUUCCCUCCCGGUCCUCGGUCGGUGGGAUUCCCCGAGUCGGACAGCGUUCAGCAGAGGGUCAAGCAGUGGCUUCGGCCACAAGAGAUAAACUGUAGCGUCUUCAAAGACCGCAUGGUGAAGUGGACGGUUUUCCGAACGCCGCGUCCUUCCGACAUCCUUCAGGGUCUUCUUGGAAACUGCUGGUUUCUGAGUGCUUUGGCUGUGCUGGCCGAGAGACCGGAGCUGGUGGAGAGGGUGAUGAUAACCAGGACCAUCUGCCCAGAGGGGGCGUACCAGGUGCGGCUAUGCAAGGACGGGACGUGGAGCACGGUUCUGGUGGAUGAUAUGCUGCCUUGUGAUGAAGCUGGAUAUCUGUUGUUUUCCCAGGCCCAAAGGAAGCAGCUCUGGGUGGCUCUGAUCGAGAAGGCCCUGGCAAAGCUUCACGGCUCGUACUUUGCCCUGCAGGCUGGGCGAGCCAUAGAGGGUCUCGCCACAUUGACGGGAGCCCCUUGCGAGAGCCUCAUGUUGCAGGUCAGCUCCACCAACCCGCGAGAGGAGACCGUUGACACCGACCUCAUCUGGGCCAAAAUGUUAAGCUCGAAAGAGGCAGGGUUCCUGAUGGGUGCGUCCUGCGGAGGAGGAAACAUGAAGGUGGAUGACGCGGCGUACGAGAGCAUGGGACUAAGACCUCGGCAUGCCUACUCCAUACUGGACGUGCGGGAUGUGCAGGGCGUCCGUCUGCUCCGUUUACGGAAUCCCUGGGGUCGCUUCUCUUGGAACGGGAGCUGGUCGGAUGAAUGGCCUCUGUGGCCAGCACCGUUAAAGCAUGAUCUGAUGCCACAUGGGAGCAGCGAGGGGGUCUUUUGGAUGGAGUACAGUGACUUUAUCCGGUAUUUUGACUCCGUGGACAUAUGCAAGAUCCAUACAGACUGGCACGAAGUUCGAGUCCAGGGCACCUUCCCCAACAAAGCGUCUGUACCGGUGACGGUAACGUCUCUCACGGUGGUGGAGCGCACAGCCCUUGAAUUCUCGCUGUUUCAGGAAGGCAGCAGGCGUUCUGACACCGUGGACAGCCACCUUCUAGAUCUCUGCAUUAUGGUGUUCCGAGCGUCUCACGAUGCCGGGGGGAAGGUGACGCUGGGUCGGCUCAUGGGCCACAGCAAAAGGGCCGUGAAGAAGUUUGUGGGAUGUGACGUGAUGCUGGAGCCGGGAGAAUACGCCGUCGUCUGCUGCGCGUUCAAUCACUGGCAGACCGUUGUGGCGCCCACUGUUCAGGCUUCCAGUCCCACGGGUAGCGGCAACAAUCGCCGCUCAGUCUCCGAUCCCAUGGGAUACAUCCUGGCCAUCUACAGCUCGCGCUUGGUCAUGGUGGAGCAGGUGGAAGCGCAGCCCACGACGCUAGCGGACGCCAUCAUCUUGCUGACUGAAGACAAAGGAGAGCGACACGAGGGUCGUGAGGGAAUGACCUGCUACUACCUGACUCACGGCUGGGCAGGACUCAUAGUCGUCGUGGAAAACAGACACCCGAAAUCUUUCCUGCACAUCCAGUGCGACUGCACGGACAGCUUUAACGUGGUGUCCACCCGAGGCAGCCUGAAGACCAGCGACAGCGUGCCGCCUCUGCACAGGCAGGUGCUGGUCAUCUUGUCUCAACUGGAGGGCAAUGCUGGCUUUUCAAUCACCCACCGCCUGGCUCACCGGAAGGCCAACCACGCUCUCCUUAACGACUGGGUGCCCAAUAAGGCUACGCACAGCCCCCCGCUGUCCCCCGAGGUGUCUGGGCUCCAUGGCCCCCGUCCGCUCUGACGCCUGGUGCCGGGACGUAGCCCCUGGACGGCCAACGGCGGAGCCCAGGUACUUUUGGGAGCACUUUACAGACUAACUCUUCCCGAAAAGAUUACACUUGAAAUCUCCUCAGGACUUUAUUCCUGCGUGGACGGGGACCCCCGAAGUCCCGUCUACACCAAGCUCCCACCCGAGCGUCCUACUGGCUAUGAAAAACCACAUUAAAAACUCUAAAAA